GCCUGAAACCAUCCAACGACCUUCUGACGUGGCAGAAUCAACGAUCCUCCGGCCACAGAAACCAAGACGAGGAGAAAUGAGCCUUUUGCGUAGGGUGUGGUGAGCACACUCUAUACCCCCAUUGACUCGACAUCGGAGUUCCUGCGUCUCCUUCGAUUCGAUCCUAGCGAGGGCGAGAAAUGGCGACCGCCACCGUUGCCGCCACCGCUCCGCUCUCAAACGGUUUCUUGCUGCGGCGAGGGCCAAACGAAGGUGCGAAAUCGGCUCGAGGCUUGCAAUGGACGAAGAACCAGCGUCAGAGCGCGAGUUCGAGGAGGUUCGGGGCGGCUGUGAUUACUGCGAAAUUCGACCUCAAGCCGCCUCCAUAUCCCCUGAAUGCGCUGGAGCCGCACAUGAGCGCCAACACCCUGUCGUUUCACUGGGGAAAGCAUCACAGAGCCUACGUCGACAAUCUGAACAAGCAGAUAGUCGGGACGGAGCUGGAAGCCAAGUCCUUGGAGGACAUCGUAAUUCAGACAUACAACAACGGCGACCUUCUUCCUCCGUUCAAUAAUGCUGCACAGAUCUGGAACCAUGACUUCUUUUGGGAAUCAAUGAAACCGGGUGGCGGAGGAAAGCCAUCUGGAGAACUUCUGAAGUUGAUCGAGAGAGAUUUCGGUUCUUUCGAGAAGUUGUGUGAAGAGUUGAGAGCAGCUGCUGCCACGCAGUUCGGUUCUGGCUGGGCUUGGCUUGCUUUUAAUCCCCGUCCAUCAGAUGGGAAGGAGCUUCUAGUGGUGAAGAGUCCCAAUGCUGUGAAUCCCCUGGUUCUGGGCUACAUACCACUCCUCACGAUUGACGUAUGGGAGCAUGCAUACUACCUUGACUAUCAGAACCGACGGCCUGAUUACAUAUCAAUCUUCAUGGAGAAGCUCGUUUCCUGGGACGCAGUUGGCGCUAAGCUUGAGGUUGCCAAGGCUCAAGCUGCUUAAAACGAGACGAGGAAGAAGAGAGAAGGGGUGGUACUGAUUCUAGUUAUACAUCUCUGCUGAAGAUGUUCAGAAGCCCGAGAUUUUCAUCAUCAUCAUCUUCUUGUUUUUUGCCCGAAAUGGUCCCAUAAUAACGGACCCGUUCCCUGUUCUCUCUUAGAGGACGCAGGGGGGAGACUGGACUGAAAUUUGCUUUCCCUUCUUUGUUGUCGUGAGAAAUAUCCAAUAUUUUGCGCUGAAUCUAUGAGGUGGGAUUGCUUGUGCUC